UUCACUUCAGUGUUGAAUCACCCUAAUCCAAACAACAGUGCUAAAUGAGAUGGGGAAAUGAUAUGUGGGUUAAAUGGGUGGAGCCUUACCUGCUAGGUAAAUGAGAGAGCUUUGUUCUGAUUGGUUAAGGACCCAGUGCUCUCCCACCCGUUGGACAGAAACAGUGUGUAAAGGUCAAGAGUUGCUCAGAGCGCACAGGCAACAGGAGAAGACAAGAGCAGCUUACAUUCAGCAGAAGAGCAGAAGAGCAGGAUAAAGGCUUCAAACCUCUUACUGCAAGAGCAGGAUUAAUUAGACACACACUUAAUCACGCUUCCAGCCUAAGGAGCAGAGAUGGCCGUCAGCUCGUUCGACAGAAGACAGUGGGCCUCCCAGUCCUUGCGUGUCACGGCCAAAGAGCUCUCCAUGGUGGGCGCACGGGGCAAGAAUGCAGCCAUAGCUGAGCGCUUUUCAAAAUACCAGAAAGCAGCAGAAGAGAUCAACUCAGACAAGAAAAACCCCACGGAGGGCGGCGCUCCUGCUCUGUGCUGUGGCAGCCUGAGCAUCCUGAGGAGGCAGUGGGAGGCCCAGCAUCCUCCCUCCCCCGACCGUGCGGCGCCGCUCAGACGCCAGGAGCGAGAGCCGGCCGCGCCCCCGUCGAGAGGGUCUGCCGAAGGGAACGGCAGGGUCUGCCGGGUGCCUCCCCGGAGCCCCAGGAUGGAGACGCAGCAGAUGCGGGGGGCAGAGGAGGUCGCGGAGGGCCCGCCCACCGACAAACCCGCCGUGCCUCUCAUCAGCCUCAAAAUGAUGUUUGAGAGCAAGGUGUGUGGGGAGUCCUGUGAAACAGGAGGAAGUGGCCCUGAAAAAAUGGAACUCGGAGACAAAGCGUUUGAUGCGAUCGUGGAAACGACUCCACUCAGGGACAGAAUGGCCCUCUAUCAGGCAGCUGUGUCUAAAUUGGACGUCCCUUCCUCCAGCUUUAGUGACCUGGACAUGGAGGUGCACGCCUCCAGCACCAGGCAGAAGGAGAAUGUCCCUCCCACAUCACCAGACACGACCUCAGCCUAUGAGCUCGACAGCAUGAAGGAAUCAGCCACAGACAGCAAUGGCUCCUGCGUGACUACUCCUGUUUCUGACCAAGCCCAGAGUAAGGCUUUCAAGAAAUUCUGUUUACCCGUGCGGGAGAGCUGCGUGAUGUGCAUGAAGACGGUCUAUCCCCUGGAGAGGCUGGUGGCAAAUCAGCAAAUCUAUCACAACUCUUGUUUCCGCUGUGUCCACUGCAACACCAAACUAAGCUUGGUGAACUACGCUUCUCUAAACAGCAACAUAUAUUGCAAGCCACAUUUCUGCCAGUUGUUUAAGGCCAAGGGAAACUAUGACGAGGGCUUCAGCCAUCGUCCUCGUAAGGAGCUAUGGGAGGCAGGAGGAUUGGACGUAGAGGAACAGGUGAAGGAAUUCCCUACAGAAAACUCUGCCAGUCCCACAGUGGAGGAAUCGCCUUUAGAAAAGGUGAAUGUCCUCACUGCCACUCUGGAGACACGGGCCCAGUCUGCGCCAGAGAGGCUGGAGAAACCUGUGGAGACCGGCCGGUUGAAGAUCUCCUGGCCUCCGCAGACAGAUGAAAGGGAGGAAGGUUUGCCUCAGGCCUGUGCAGCUGCUGAUGGGGGCAUCAUCUGUCCUAUUCGCCCAAAAUGGCCACCAGAGGGCGACUCGGCCCCGUUCAGUGCAGAGAAAGCCGAGCUUUCUAGCAUUCGCGGCAGUUCCUCCCUCAAGGAACGCAGCCGCCCCUUCUCAGGUGGUAGCUCCACCCCGCCUACCGUUCAGCCUGGUGAGACACGCCCUGCUCUGCUGAAGCCAGCGAAGGAAGAGGAGCCUUGGGGGGAAACUCCGCUGCCGCACCCGGCCCAGGUCACGCCCCUGCCGGCUGAAGACUCCGCGCAGGAGGAAGAGGAAGCGGAGUACGACCGCGAGCAGGUGGAAGAGGAGGAGCAAGUCGAUGAGGAAAAGCUGGAGGGAGGAGAAGUCACCGAGAAUAAAGGUGACUGUCAGGAAGAGGUAGAGCAAGCUUCUCUAACAUACCAAAGCACCUCGCUGGACAACACGCCCCCCUCCUCCCCUCUCAGCGAGUCCGGCUCCGGCUCCGAGCAGCAGAAAAACUCUCAGGACGUGGGCUUCUGGGACGGAGAGGAGGACCAAGCCAACGACUCCAUGGAGGACCUGAUCAGGAGGAACCGGCUCUACUACGAGGAGGAGGAGGAAGACUGAGCGCCGUUGGCUCCUUGGUACCAACGAAAGAGCGAAACCAAGAUAGCCAACAUGAGGGAUUUUCUGGCUGGUCUGAUUAAUGGCCUGAUUAGUGCACAUUGUCUUUAGUAUGCACCCGUGUCACAUGCCACAUUUUGAGGCCUAGAGCUUUGUUUUGCGCUUGUGAAAUUAAAAAGUCCACAUCCAAAAGCUCAUCCACAGAAACUGCACGGCCAAAUAAUAGUCAUCAUGUAAAAUAGUGCUCAAUUUCAAGAAAUACUUCUGCAUUUGAUACUUUUUAAGAGUGUUUUUUAUUUUCUACAUUCUUUCUGCAUAUUUUUAAAUGUCACCUUUUUAACAAUCAGUAUUGUACGAGAUUUUAUCAUGUUACCUGUUAGGUUUUAGACGGUCUUAGUCCUCUGUAAAACGAGCGAGCAACAGACGCAUGAAAAACAGCCAACAGUUUAUACUUGUUGACAUGAUUCGAGGUGGGGGGCGGAGAACUUUUCGGAGUGGUCUUGUGUUUUCCAUCAAGUCUCGUCACUUUGAAGUUAUUAAUUUGCUAGGGUCCGUUGCUUUUGCACAAAUUUUAUCAGUGGGAAAGAAGUAAACUGUCUGGCUGAGUUUUGUUCAGUUCAUAGUUGCACAAGCGGUUUCACAAACGUAACGCAACAGUUUGCGAGCACCGCGCGUGCGUGUCAUUCAAUUGCUUGCUUGUCAACACCUUUCUUGCACCUCUGUAUUUUAAAUUAUAUUUCUUAAGAAGGGACCAGACUUCAUGCGAUGCCGUUGUUUGUUCAAUAAAUACAUAUUUAGUGAGUGCUGUUGUACGUGCUUGCCUUCGCGCGUUUGG